AUCCCCGUCGUCUCCACUCCCACAGUAGUCAUCGUCUCGUUUACCACUGCCGCUAGCCAGCCAUGGGGGUCUCGUCGAAGCGCUCGCCUUCUGCCAUGGAGAAGGAUCUUGUCCCCCACCCAAUCAUGCGGGCUGCACUCGAAGGCAACCUCCGCGUCCUCAAAGAGAUGGCGACCGUCGUCAAGAACGAAAGCGGCAUCUGGAACCGCGCGCUCAUGCUGGCGGCGAUGGAAGGGCGGCUGGACGUCUGCAGGCUGAUUGUAGAGGAUGUCCGCGUCGACGUCAACCAACCAGUCACUGACGAUGAAGGUAACCACACCGCAGUGUGUAUUUCUGCAAUGCUUGGGACAGCUGCUGCCACGAGGUAUCUUCUCGACUGCGGCGCUGAUCCGACGGUUGCUGGAAGUAUGGGAACAGCUCUACAUGGUGCUGUGCUGAACGGACAAUACGAAACCAUUGAGCUGCUGCUUUCAAGAGGAAUUGAUGUGGACCUAUUUGACUCUGUGCAUGGAACAGCGUUGCAUGCUGCAGCUUCUAAAGGUGAAGCUGGCACGGUGAAACUUUUGUUGGAGCACCAUGCAGAUCCUAACAAAGUUUUAAACCUUGAUUCUACCCCACUGGGUUUGGCCAUACAGAAUAAAUCAUUGGAGUGCGUGAGGCUACUCCUUAAGGCUGGUGCUGAUCCGAAUUUCUUGUACUAUAAUGGUGUCACUUACACGAUGGUGGCGGCGAAUAAUGGCUUACCUGACAUCGUGAAGUGCUUACUGGAUGCUGGUGCUAAUCCCAAUACUCCAGAUGGUUUUGGUACAACUGCAAUUGAAAUUGCUGCUCUUCAUGGCAGAAGGACUAUGGUUGAAAUGUUAUUUCCGUUAACUUCUCCUGUUUCAACUGUGCCGGAUUGGAGUAUUGAUGGAAUCCUUUCACAUGUGAACAUUUUUAAUUUGAACCCGAGAUUUAAAAAUCCGCUGGCACUGGAAGCGAAAAUAGCUGAAGUGAAAUCAGAGGCCACAGAGGCUUUUAGGAGAAAGGAAUAUAUGAGAGCAGCAGAGCUGUAUCAUUAUACACUAAAACUUGAAGAUAGAGUAAAAGAACAUGCGUUCUUGCUGGCAAAUAGGAGUUUCUGCUUCUUGCGCAUGGGAAAAGGAGAAGAUGCUGUCUCUGAUGCUACUAAGUGCAUAGAGUGUCUACCUUAUUGGCCUAAAGGAUACUACCGACAAGGGGCAGCUUAUAUGCUACUGAAGGACUACGGAAAAGCAUGCAAGGCUUUUGAGGAUGGCUUGAAGCUAGACCGUACAAAUGUUGAUAUUAAGAAUGCUUUAAGGGAAGCCCAAGAGGCAUUGAAGAGUGCUGAUUGCGUCGAAAAUAACGACCUAUUUGGAGUGAAUUAGCUGAAGAAAUUGAUCCGCUCCUUUUUUUUGGAAUGGGUCCGUGUGUCUUUCUUGACGUCUGGCGUCACUCACCGUUUAAAUAGGGGCAAAUGAGCUCAGAUUAUAGUAGGAGUAAUGUUAAUUUCAGUUCUGCUUUUUUGUUUAGGGUGAAGUGUCAACAAAGUGCCAAACUGGUUAUAUCUUGGUGACUCAUUUUGCAAACGAUGCAUAUGCGAAUCUGGCUUGCGGAGCUGUAGGCUCCUAUGUACGGUGGCUUGUUUAUGCUGGUGUCCACAUAUGAGAACGUACGAGAUACUGUGUUUUAGUGUUGGCAAACCUCAAA